AUGGAAGAACCUAUUAUCAUUGAUGACGUUUUCGCGAAUGGGACUAAUGCCUCUUCUAAACCUAUUUCAUAUGCCUUUAUCGCCGGAAAACCGCCGGUAAAUACUUAUGAAAUUUCCAAAGAGGCUUAUAUCCAUCUUGACAAAUCCUUUCGUGUCGUUAUUGAGAACAUGCACGAUAACAAGGAAGAUCCCUCCCAAGAGAAAUCUGCCCUCCAGUUUUUCACUGAAUUCGCUGUGGUCUUCCUGGAUCUACCGUUUGUGAUUUCUGAUGAAGCAAUGCCAUUGUUUCUGAAAAAGUGA